UGUGUCCAUAAAUCAGCGUUACUGUCAUUAAUACCAGCAUUAUGUUACAUGUGGGUGUGUUUUCCUGUUAAAUGUAAUGUCUUUUUCAAAUAGUAAUGUAGAUAUUGUGUAAAACAAAAUGACAUCUCCUCCUCAAAUGUCAUCCCCUGUCUUUAAUGAUUGAUCAAAAUGUCAACAUGCGUCCAGUUUGCAGUCCAAGUCCAGGCAGCCCUUUUUAUUCAUGACAAUUACUGGAUCAGUACAUGGGGCGUUUAUGCUUUGGCUGAUGUAAUCAGCUUUUUAUUUUGAAUUGUGAGUUCAUUUAAAUAGUUGCCCUUGUUGGAUUUAAAAGCAUUUGAUCUACUUUGAAGACACAACAUGAUCUUCAAUUCUGCUGAGAAACUACAUUUUGUUUUGUAUUUGUCAAUAGGUCUACUGAGUCUACUGCUGCUUACAGAAUGUGACAAAAUUAGGCUGGCUGGCACCUCUUCGCGUUGCUCUGGUAGACUGGAGGUCUACAACCAAGACAGUUGGGGAACGGUGUGUGAUGAUUUCUGGACCAUUACCAACGCUGAGGUGGUGUGUCGAGAGUUAAACUGCGGGACAGUUCUUGAGGCCAAAAAAGCUGCCUUUUUUGGGGAGGGGAAGAACAUGAUCUGGCUGGAUGAUGUGCAGUGUACUGGUAGUGAGUCUUCUGUCCUCAAGUGCCCUCAGAAACAGUUUGGGAACAAUAACUGUGGCCACACUGAAGACGCUGGGGUUAUCUGUUCAGAACAUGUGAGGGUGGUCGACGGAAGCAAUCGAUGUAGUGGCCGAGUGGAAGUCUACCAUGAUGGCAACUGGAAACAAGUGUGCAGCAGUGACUGGGCCAUGGCAGAUGCUGAAGUGGUGUGCCGAGAGAUCAACUGCGGCAAUCCUACCAUUCAGACUGAAGUGCUACAUUUUGGAGAGGCACGUAACGUGGGUGGCAUCAAACCCAACUGUGUUGGAAAUGAGAGCUCCAUCUCACAGUGCACACUUCAGGAUAGCAACGAAAGCUGUGUAGGUGCUACUAUUCUCUGUACAAACAGUAAACCAAUUCGGCUGGUGAACGGGACUCAUCGGUGCUCUGGUCGAGUGGAACUCUACCACGAUGGACAGUGGGGAACGAUCUGUGAUGACAGAUGGGGGAUGCCGGAAGCAGCUGUUGUAUGUCGAGAGAUGGACUGUGGGAAUGCUCUCUCGGUCAAGUACAAGUCCUACUUCGGCAGAGGUCGGGAUCAGGUUUGGUUGGACGACGUUGAGUGUACUGGUCAUGAGAAGACCCUCGGUGACUGCCCGCACAGAGGUUUUGGACAACACGACUGUGACCACAAUGAAGAUGCUAGUGUUAUAUGCUCAGAUUCAGUCAGAUUGUUCAAUGGGACUGACAGCUGCUCUGGCAGAGUGGAGGUCUUUCACGACGGCCGAUGGGGAAAAAUUUGUAACAACUGGGGCAAUGCAGAGGCUGCGGUGGUGUGUAAGGAACUCAGUUGUGGAACUCCCAAAAAAAACCAAGAAACCUUCAACUUUGGUGACACCGGACUGAGAGGGUAUACAAGUAGAUGCUCUGGCAAUGUGAGCUCCAUCUCUCAAUGCACACUUGAAUUACACGCAGGGGCAUGUGAAGGUGUUUCUCUUUCAUGUGGAGGUGAGCCACUGCUAAGGCUUGCCAAUGGCACUGACCGAUGCUCUGGUAGAGUGGAGGUUCAGCAUGACGGCCAGUGGGGAACAGUGUGUGAUGAUGAGUGGGACAUCAGAGAUGCUCAGGUGGUGUGCAGAGCCAUGGACUGUGGGACAGCCCAGACAGCCAAAUCCAGGGCCUUCUUUGGCGAAGGCCAAGGAGACAUCUGGCUAGAUGAUGUAGGCUGUGUCGGGAAUGAGACGUCCCUUUUGCACUGUCGACAUCCCACCCUCGGAGAAAACAACUGUGGUCACGGUGAAGAUGCUGGUGUGGUGUGCUCAGCUGAUAUUAGACUGAUCAAUGGGACUAACCAGUGUUCAGGCAGAGUGGAGUUCCACCAUGGUGGCCAAUGGUCACCAGCAUAUAAUGUUAAUUGGGGAAUGAAUGAAGCAACAGUGGUGUGCAAAGAGAUGAAUUGUGGAGAUCCCGUCAAGUUCACGGGAUCAUAUGGUCAAGGCGGACAUCCGAGAGGUUAUAAGAUCACUUGUAGCGGUAGAGAGAGCUCUCUCGCACAGUGCACACUUAGAGACUAUGUCAGGACCGCCCAAGAUCGCAUUGAAGAGGCAUCUGUUGAAUGUUCAGGCAAUGUGAAGUUGACCGAUGGACACAGUCGUUGCAGUGGAAGAGUGGAGUUCUUCGACAAAGGCCAGUGGGGGAAUGUGUGUGGUGAAUCCUGGGAUGUGAAUGAUGCGAAUGUGGUGUGCAGACAGAUGGACUGCGGGAGGACUCAUAAGAUUACCACCAUGACUGAAUAUGGCCAUGGCUCGGGACAGACCUGGAUCGAUCAAAUUGAAUGCAAUGGAUUGGAGUCAACGCUGAGUCAGUGCCCGCAGAGUCCGUUUAGAAACAGAUCUUGCAACACCACCUCAGUUGCUGGUGUUGUCUGCACGGGAGGCUUGGAGGUCCGGUUGGCCAAUGGUAAGGAUGAGUGCGCUGGCAGAGUAGAGGUGCGUCAUGGCGACGUGUGGCAAACGGUGUGUGACACAGACUGGAACCUGAGUAAAGCUCAGGUGGUGUGCGAGCAGCUGGAAUGCGGAAAUGCAUUGAACACUCCCGGCGCCGCCCAUUUUGGCCAAGGCAGUGGAUCGGUAGUGGAGGCUAGCAAUUCAUGUUUUGACAAUGGGACGUCUCUUCGGCAAUGCUCAGUCAAAGGUUUCAGAGGAUCAAGUUGUGGGCACGAGCUUGAUGCUGGCGCUCUCUGUGCAGCACAGAUUCGGUUGGUCGGAGGCUCUGGUCGAUGCUCCGGUAGAGUGGAGAUCUUCUAUAAAAGCCAGUGGGGAACUGUGUGUGAUGACGAAUGGGAAAUGAGCAAUGCUAAGGUGGUAUGUAGACAGCUUGGCUGCGGUCACGCAGUUUCUAAUCAAGCAAGUGCCCACUUUGGUAGAGGCACUGGUCCAAUAUGGCUGGAUAAUGUGGAGUGCUCAGGCGAAGAGGUUGCUCUCACACAUUGCAGGCAUCCCGGUUUUGGAGAAAAUAACUGCGGGCACGGUGAAGAUGCUGGCGCUAUCUGUUUAGAUUCAGUCAGAUUGUUCAAUGGGACUGACAGCUGCUCUGGCAGAGUGGAGGUCUUUCACGACGGCCGAUGGGGGAAAAUUUGUAACAACUGGGGCGUUGCAGAGGCUGCGGUGGUGUGUAAGGAACUCAGUUGUGGAACUCCCAAAAAAAACCAAGAAACCUUCAACUUUGGUGACAGCGGACUGAGAGGGUAUACAAGUAGAUGCUCUGGCAAUGUGAGCUCCAUCUCCCAAUGCACACUUGAAUUACACGCAGGGGCAUGUGAAGGUGUUUCUCUUUCAUGUGCAGGUGAGCCACCGCUAAGGCUUGCCAAUGGCACUGACCGAUGCUCUGGUAGAGUUGAGGUUCAGCAUGACGGCCAGUGGGGAACAGUGUGUGAUGAUGAGUGGGACAUCAGAGAUGCUCAGGUGGUGUGCAGAGCCAUGGACUGUGGGACAGCCCAGACAGCCAAAUCCAGGGCCUUCUUUGGCGAAGGCCAAGGAGACAUCUGGCUGGAUGAUGUAGGCUGUGUCGGGAAUGAGACGUCCCUUUUGCACUGUCGACAUCCCACCCUCGGAGAAAACAACUGUGGUCACGGUGAAGAUGCUGGUGUGGUGUGCUCAGCUGACAUUACACUGAUCAAUGGGACUAACCAGUGUUCAGGCAGAGUGGAGUUCCGCCAUGGUGGCCAAUGGUCACCAGCAUAUAAUGUUAAUUGGGGAAUGAAUGAAGCAACAGUGGUGUGCAGAGAGAUGAAUUGUGGAGAUCCCGUCAAGUUCACGGGAUCAUAUGGUCAAGGCGGACAUCCGAGAGGUUAUAAGAUCACUUGUAGCGGUAGAGAGAGCUCUCUCGCACAGUGCACACUUAGAGACUAUGUCAGGACCGCCCAAGAUCGCAUUGAAGAGGCAUCUGUUGAAUGUUCAGGCAAUGUGAAGUUGACCGAUGGACACAGUCGUUGCAGUGGAAGAGUGGAGUUCUUCGACAAAGGCCAGUGGGGGAAUGUGUGUGGUGAAUCCUGGGAUGUGAAUGAUGCGAAUGUGGUGUGCAAACAGAUGGACUGCGGGAGGACUCAUAAGAUUACCACCAUGACUGAAUAUGGCCAUGGCUCGGGACAGACCUGGAUCGAUCAAAUUGAAUGCAAUGGAUUGGAGUCAACACUGAGUCAGUGCCCGCAGAGUCCGUUUAGAGACAGAUCUUGCAACACCACCUCAGUUGCUGGUGUUGUCUGCACGGGAGGCUUGGAGGUCCGGUUGGCCAAUGGUAAGGAUGAGUGCGCUGGCAGAGUAGAGGUGCGUCAUGGCGACGUGUGGCAAACGGUGUGUGACACAGACUGGAACCUGAGUAAAGCUCAGGUGGUGUGCGAGCAGCUGGAAUGCGGAAAUGCAUUGAACACUCCCGGCGCCGCCCAUUUUGGCCAAGGCAGUGGAUCGGUAGUGGAGGCUAGCAAUUCAUGUUUUGACAAUGGGACGUCUCUUCGGCAAUGCUCAGUCAAAGGUUUCAGAGGAUCAAGUUGUGGGCACGAGCUUGAUGCUGGCGCUCUCUGUGCAGCACAGAUUCGGUUGGUCGGAGGCUCUGGUCGAUGCUCCGGUAGAGUGGAGAUCUUCUAUAAAAGCCAGUGGGGAACUGUGUGUGAUGACGAAUGGGAAAUGAGCAAUGCUAAGGUGGUAUGUAGACAGCUUGGCUGCGGUCACGCAGUUUCUAAUCAAGCAAGUGCCCACUUUGGUAGAGGCACUGGUCCAAUAUGGCUGGAUAAUGUGGAGUGCUCAGGCGAAGAGGUUGCUCUCACACAUUGCAGGCAUCCCGGUUUUGGAGAAAAUAACUGCGGGCACGGUGAAGAUGCUGGCGCUAUCUGUUUAGAUUCAGUCAGAUUGUUCAAUGGGACUGACAGCUGCUCUGGCAGAGUGGAGGUCUUUCACGACGGCCGAUGGGGGAAAAUUUGUAACAACUGGGGCGUUGCAGAGGCUGCGGUGGUGUGUAAGGAACUCAGUUGUGGAACUCCCAAAAAAAACCAAGAAACCUUCAACUUUGGUGACAGCGGACUGAGAGGGUAUACAAGUAGAUGCUCUGGCAAUGUGAGCUCCAUCUCCCAAUGCACACUUGAAUUACACGCAGGGGCAUGUGAAGGUGUUUCUCUUUCAUGUGCAGGUGAGCCACCGCUAAGGCUUGCCAAUGGCACUGACCGAUGCUCUGGUAGAGUUGAGGUUCAGCAUGACGGCCAGUGGGGAACAGUGUGUGAUGAUGAGUGGGACAUCAGAGAUGCUCAGGUGGUGUGCAGAGCCAUGGACUGUGGGACAGCCCAGACAGCCAAAUCCAGGGCCUUCUUUGGCGAAGGCCAAGGAGACAUCUGGCUGGAUGAUGUAGGCUGUGUCGGGAAUGAGACGUCCCUUUUGCACUGUCGACAUCCCACCCUCGGAGAAAACAGUUGUGGUCACGGUGAAGAUGCUGGUGUGGUGUGCUCAGCUGACAUUACACUGAUCAAUGGGACUAACCAGUGUUCAGGCAGAGUGGAGUUCCGCCAUGGUGGCCAAUGGUCACCAGCAUAUAAUGUUAAUUGGGGAAUGAAUGAAGCAACAGUGGUGUGCAGAGAGAUGAAUUGUGGAGAUCCCGUCAAGUUCACGGGAUCAUAUGGUCAAGGCGGACAUCCGAGAGGUUAUAAGAUCACUUGUAGCGGUAGAGAGAGCUCUCUCGCACAGUGCACACUUAGAGACUAUGUCAGGACCGCCCAAGAUCGCAUUGAAGAGGCAUCUGUUGAAUGUUCAGGCAAUGUGAAGUUGACCGAUGGACACAGUCGUUGCAGUGGAAGAGUGGAGUUCUUCGACAAAGGCCAGUGGGGGAAUGUGUGUGGUGAAUCCUGGGAUGUGAAUGAUGCGAAUGUGGUGUGCAAACAGAUGGACUGCGGGAGGACUCAUAAGAUUACCACCAUGACUGAAUAUGGCCAUGGCUCGGGACAGACCUGGAUCGAUCAAAUUGAAUGCAAUGGAUUGGAGUCAACGCUGAGUCAGUGCCCGCAGAGUCCGUUUAGAGACAGAUCUUGCAACACCACCUCAGUUGCUGGUGUUGUCUGCACGGGAGGCUUGGAGGUCCGGUUGGCCAAUGGUAAGGAUGAGUGCGCUGGCAGAGUAGAGGUGCGUCAUGGCGACGUGUGGCAAACGGUGUGUGACACAGACUGGAACCUGAGUAAAGCUCAGGUGGUGUGCGAGCAGCUGGAAUGCGGAAAUGCAUUGAACACUCCCGGCGCCGCCCAUUUUGGCCAAGGCAGUGGAUCGGUAGUGGAGGCAAGCAAUUCAUGUUUUGACAAUGGGACGUCUCUUCGGCAAUGCUCAGUCAAAGGUUUCAGAGGAUCAAGUUGUGGGCACGAGCUUGAUGCUGGCGCUCUCUGUGCAGCACAGAUUCGGUUGGUCGGAGGCUCUGGUCGAUGCUCCGGUAGAGUGGAGAUCUUCUAUAAAAGCCAGUGGGGAACUGUGUGUGAUGACAAAUGGGAAAUGAGCAAUGCCGAUGUGGUAUGUAGACAGCUUGGCUGCGGUCACGCAGUUUCUAAUCAAGCAAGUGCCCACUUUGGUAGAGGCACUGGUCCAAUAUGGCUGGAUGAUGUGAUGUGUUCAGGCGAAGAGGUUGCUCUCACAAAUUGCAGGCAUCCCGGUUUUGGAGAAAAUAACUGCGGGCACGGUGAAGAUGCUGGCGCUAUCUGUUUAGGUGCUCUACAGAAGCCCCAAAUCACUUUGAGUCCUGCUCCAGAGGUGAACUGGGGUGACAGAGUUGAGAUCACUUGCACUAUCGUCACAGACCACUUGGGUGGGACAUUCGUCCUGAAAAGGAGCCAAGACUCAUUUAAAAUGGAAAAAUACUCUGAGAACGAAGCUGCAACCUUUACCUUCCCUUCAGUGGACUUCAUCCAGAAGGGGUCAUACUUCUGUGAAUAUCAAAAGAAAUUGCCCAAUCAAGUCAUCUAUUAUCCUCAAGGAAAUAUUGCUGAGCUCUCUGUCAAAGAACAUGUGAGGGUGGUCAACGGAAGCAAUCGAUGUAGUGGCCGAGUGGAAGUCUACAAUGAUAGCAACUGGAAACGAGUGUGCAGCAGUGACUGGUCCGUGGCAGAUGCUGAAGUGGUGUGCCGAGAGAUUAACUGCGGCAAUCCUACCAUUCAGACUGAAGUGCUACAUUUUGGAGAGGCACGUGAUGUGGGUGGCAUCAAACCCAACUGUGUUGGAAAUGAGAGCUCCAUCUCACAGUGCACACUUCAGGAUAGCAAGGAAAGCUGUGUAGAUGCUACUAUUCUCUGUACAAACAGUAAACCAAUUCGGCUGGUGAACGGGACUCAUCGGUGCUCUGGUCGAGUGGAACUCUACCACGAUGGACAGUGGGGAACGAUCUGUGAUGACAGAUGGGGGAUGCCGGAAGCAGCUGUUGUAUGUCGAGAGAUGGACUGUGGGAAUGCUCUCUCGGUCAAGUACAAGUCCUACUUCGGCAGAGGUCGGGAUCAGGUUUGGUUGGACGACGUUGAGUGUACUGGUCAUGAGAAGACCCUCGGUGACUGCCCGCACAGAGGUUUUGGACAACACGACUGUGACCACAAUGAAGAUGCUAGUGUUAUAUGCUCAGAUUCAGUCAGAUUGUUCAAUGGGACUGACAGCUGCUCUGGCAGAGUGGAGGUCUUUCACGACGGCCGAUGGGGAAAAAUUUGUAACAACUGGGGCAAUGCAGAGGCUGCGGUGGUGUGUAAGGAACUCAGUUGUGGAACUCCCAAAAAAACCAAGAAACCUUCAACUUUGGUGACACCGGACUGAGAGGGUAUACAAGUAGAUGCUCCGGCAAUGUGAGCUCCAUCUCUCAAUGCACACUUGAAUUACACGCAGGGGCAUGUGAAGGUGUUUCUCUUUCAUGUGGAGGUGAGCCACUGCUAAGGCUUGCCAAUGGCACUGACCGAUGCUCUGGUAGAGUGGAGGUUCAGCAUGACGGCCAGUGGGGAACAGUGUGUGAUGAUGAGUGGGACAU